AUGCAGAAAAACUGCAGGUUCUGCAAGUGGGAGCGCGAACUCGAUGGUAUCCCAGUAGAAGAGGUAGCCCCGCCAUCGAAUCUCGAGAAGAUACGUACAGACAUGAGGGCGAGGGCAGCCGCGAGGAAAUCCCACGGAACAGAACGAGAGCGGGACGGUACUGCAUCUACAUCCUGGCCUCCGGACGAUGCACGUUUCGAUAUGAAUCCACUGGCGUCACCGUUGGUGAGCAGGAGUAGGAGGGAUAGUGUCACGUCUUGUCGAUCGGAAGCUAUGGCUGAGCCAUACGAUUACUUUACCGAGCAGCCUGGAACAACAGAUGUUGAAACGGAUGAUAAUGAGGAUUCUGGAGACAUCGAGAUGGCUGAGGGAGAGGGAAACAACGGCAUCGAGCCACCAAGCCCUGCUUCAAGCUCGGUCUACAGUAACGACAACCCCCUCGUGCUCCCCCACAGCCCUCUCUACACACAAAGCGAAAGCGGUAUACCAGACGACAGCAACGACAACGAUAAGAACGACUCCUUAGAUUUUCUAGAUGAAGUCCUUUUUGACCUUGACGCUUGGCUUGAUGCUGGGGGUUUGGAGAUGGGUGGUCUGCACGACGAUAUGCCAGAGGAGGAGUAUGCGGAGUAUAAGGAAUGGUACAAGGCGAUUGUCGGAGGGGUUGCGAGGGGUAUGGUUGAACGAGGAAUGUUGAUGGAGAGGACUAGGAGGAGGAGUGUGUAA